UUUAAAUUUGUGGAGUUAUGGCGCCUUAACGACAAACGCCGCGGCAGUAGCCGGAGAACGCUUACAAGUUAUCUGAAGUUGGGAGGUAUCAGAACCACAGGCAUGGGUUGUAAUCAGAGUCGGACUAUGUGCUGCAAAAUCUGCAAGAAAAAGAAGAAAACUACAGGCAAGCUGGGAGCAAAGUUGUCUCAGGAGAUCAACAGCCUUGAAGGAUGUGGAAAGUUGCCCAAGGACAAGCCAAGCACAGGCCCAGAGGAGCUGCCAGAGCAGCAGCAGUGGCAGCUGCAGUACCUUCUUAAAACACUGAAUGAUUCUGGGCAAAAGGAGAGUGAGGACAUUCUGCAAGCCCACCACACUGAGUUCCAGCAACUAGUCCGGGACAUUACGGACAAGGUGAAGGCAGAAGCAACCGUUGAACUGAACACCGUUUUAGAGGCUCGGAUAAAGUGCCUUAGUGAGGAGAACCAAAGCAAAACUGAAGAAUUGCAGUGCUUGUUCAACCAAGAGAAGCAGUCAUUGACAGAUGGUUUUCAGGCUGUGAAAGCCUCUCUGCAGGGCAAGGUGGACGUUCUGACAGCGGAACUUCAGGCAUAUGACAAGCUGAAGCAGAGAGUUGAGGAGUCCACCUUCAAGAGAGAUCUGCAGAACAACAUUCAGGCUCACAGCAGUCCUGGUGCAUUCUGGGAGCAGGAGCUGGAGAGCCUGCUAUUUGUCAUUGAGAUGAAGAGCGAGCGUCUGCAGGAGCAGGGGAGGAAGCUGAUGCAGCUGGAGGCCGUGGUGGAGAAGAACCUCCCUCUGGAGGACCAAGUAAAGCACCUUCUCCAGCAGAAGGAAGACCUCCACGUACGCUUGGAGAACUACCAGAGCCUGAUCCAACAGCUGUCCAAGGAGAAGGAGAGCCUCCACGAGUCUCUGGAGAAGGAGGUGUUGCUGAGUCAGAAACUGAACCAAGAGAAAGACGAGCUCCUCUACAAGCUCCUGCACCCCGGGGCCUCUCCCUCUCACCUGCCACCCAUCACACCUGAGCUUUCCCCAGGCUAGGCCACUUGGCGGAUCCACAACACCUGCCGCCCACCCCGGCACCUGACUCAGCUCCACCCCUGACAAGAAGUAAACUGACUAGCCUGGGACACUGAAGAACGAGUCCCAGAACCCCAGUUAAGGUUCUGUCAGAUCUUCCAUAGCCUCCCCGCUAGGUCCUCCACUGUUAGAAUUCUGAUAUUGGCUGCUUUUUUUAAAAUUAAUCUUUAGCAACAUGGGUCUCAAGCUGUCAGAUGGCAGUAUUUUAUUUCCACAUUUUGUGGACUGUGGGAUAUGGGGGAUGGGGGGUGAUGGUUAAACGGUUUUGCUUUUAGUAAAGUACUGGGGCUAUAAGAAAAGAUACAAUAUAUGUCCCAUUUCCAAGUAAAGCGCCAUUAAUCUCCACCAUGAAGUAACCUCUGAUACUGUAAUACUUGGUAUUGUAGAUUAUGUUUUUGCAGAGGACUUUGCAGGUGCUAAUGUGACAAUGACUUCACGCACUUGAUAAUCGUUCUUUUGCAAGAAGUGCGGACAAUGAACUUUUUUUUAACAAUGAUAUUUUGUA